AUCACUUGCCGUAGUUCGUGUCAACACGGAAGUGUUGACACCUGUUUCGCUGCAAUUUGCGUGUAGCAUAACAAAAACUCUUCUAAUUUGCCAGAGGACAACUUUAAAAUAUAUUCAGUCACUAUUUCGAAUUUGGUAGUUACAUAUUAUCAUACUGAAGUACCCGGAGAAAAAUUAUGUGAAGUGUAUUCUAGCGCGAAGAAAUGUUUCCCACCAAGUUAGCUUAGCUUUACCAUGGCAGAUAAAAUCGAGAAAACGUUCAAAUUUGUCGUCAUCGGUGGUGGCAUCGCGGGGGUGACGUGUGUUGAGCAGUUGUCAUACAGUUUGCCGUCAGCUGACGUAGCUCUGAUUACCGCAAGUCCUCACAUAAAGGCAGUCACCAACUAUAAACAGGUCGCUAAGGUUCUUGAAGAGUUUGAUGUGGAGGAGCAACCAACCAGUGUCCUGGAGGAGAAAUUCCCCAACUUGACUGUCAUUCACUCUGCUGUGAACGCACUGCACACACGAUCGCAUUUGGUGGAAACUGCAGAUGGAAAAGUUUACGGCUAUGAGAAGCUGUGCAUAUGCAGCGGGGCCAGACCGAAGCUGCUCAUCCAGGACAAACCGUAUGUGCUCGGUAUUCGCGACACAGACAGUGCCCAGGAGUUCCAGAAGCAGUUAACGAAAGCCAAGAAGAUUGUUGUUGUUGGAAAUGGAGGGAUCGCCUUGGAGUUAGUGUAUGAGGUGGAAGGCUGCGAGGUGAUCUGGGCCGUGAAGGACAAGGCCAUCGGAAACACUUUCUUCGACGCGGGGGCGGCGCAGUUCCUCAUCCCGUCGCUGGGCGCCGACAAACCUGAGCGAGCGGCCACCUGCAAGAGGACUCGCUACACCACAGAUGACCCGACGGACGGCGAGGCUCAGACGUUCACCUCAGGUCUGGAUUCUAAAAGUUUCUUCUCGGCCCAUCUACUCACAUGUGCCGUGUUUCCAGAUCGCCACAUGCGAGGGCGCGGCUCCGGUCCCACGGAGCCUGGCAGUGCACUCGGUCCAGACUGGCACCGAGGACUAAUUCUCAAAGGAGCGGAGUGGGCGUCCCGCAGGGUUUCGGUGGAAUAUCAGUGUGAGGUGAAAACGAUCUUCACCUCUGAGGAGAUGCUCAAUUCCCAAUCGCAAACAUGUGGACCCGAUACCGGAACCUGGCCUGUAUAUGUCGUGCUGACCAACGGCAAGACGUUCGGCUGUGACCUUGUCGUCAGCGCCACGGGUGUCAUCCCGAACACUGAGCCAUUUCUGCGCGGCAAUAACUUUGCUCUGGACGAUGACGGCGGCCUCCGAGUGGACGACCACAUGGCAACAUCGGAGCCCGACGUCUACGCCGCCGGAGACGUGUGCACGGCAUGCUGGGAGCACAGCCCGCUGUGGCAGCAGAUGCGUUUGUGGACGCAGGCUCGUCAGAUGGGCUGGCACGCUGGCCGCUGCAUGGCCGCGUGUGCGCUGUCGGAAACCAUCGAGCUGGACUUCUGCUUCGAGCUCUUUUCUCACAUUACGAAAUUCUUUAACUACAAGGUGGUUUUGCUCGGAAAGUUUAACGCGCAAGGUCUGGGGUCCGACUAUGAGCUGCUGCUGCGUUACACCAAAGGCGAGGAAUAUGUCAAGGUGGUUCUACAAGGCGGCAGGAUGGUCGGAGCCGUGCUCAUCGGGGAAACCGACUUAGAAGAGACGUUUGAGAACCUCAUCUUGAACCAGAUGGAUCUCACACCAUACGGCGAGGAUCUUCUCAACCCCAACAUCGAUAUAGAGGACUAUUUUGAUUGAGCGAAAGGAGCAGCUGACUUCUGCUUUCGGAAAAAUGACUUGGGACUUUUUUUUCCCAAAUAUAUACAGUCGCUUCUUUGAAGCCUAAAAGCAAAAUAUGUAAUAUAAAUAUGUAAAAUAUGAGUAAUGAAUGAUCUGUUUUUCAGUACGGUUUCAAAGGGCGAGAAAAAUUCCGGAGAAUUUCCUAUGGGAAGCUUUGACUUUAAAAAAAAGCUAAUUACAUCACAUUUCACACAGGAGAAGUAUUGAAAAAGCAAGUGGAAAGAUUGAUUUAUUGAAGCUACUCAAUUAAAAGUCGGACAUCUUUU